AUGCAGAAAUACUAUGACCUGGUAAGGUCAGAGAUGCAGACAGAUACAAGCAGCAGCCCAUAUACAGAAAGAAGUAUAAUUUCGAUUGAUAAACAGUCAAAUAUUUCAACUGAUGAUUGCUCUCCGCCUUCUUCAACGAGAAUCCCGAAGUACCGAAAAGUGCACCGAAGAGAAAAUAGCAUGGUGACUUUAACACCAAACCAAGUUUAUAAAGAAAAUUUACAGCUACAAACGAGAAUCGCUAAACUUGAGCUAUUAAAAGAUAACUUCCAAAAGGAAAUCGAAACAAUAACGUUUGCAAACGAAAAGCAAAUUAAAAAAAUGAAAAUUUUGAUGGAAAAUAAAGAAAAAGAGCUACAAAAAUGUUCAUUCCAUAUAAAAGAGUAUAAGAAACAAAUAGAAGAACUAAAAAUUCCCUACCCUGCAUGAGGAAAAAAAACUUGUUUUGCUCUCAGAGGUUUAAUAUAUAUUUUAUUAUAAACUUUAAAAGUAAAUUUUUUUCGAAAUUAAAAAAAUAAAUGCAAAACGGGGAAAGCAAAAAUUAAGUAAAUUUGUAAGAUCUAUGUUUUAAAAUGCAAGCUGCUUAAAAUUAACAGAUUUAGUCAAAGAUUUCAUUAUACUACUUAUCACUUUAUAUAUAACGUAGGGUUUUUUUUUUUCUGGAUUUUUCUAAUGUUUUGUUCGCUCAUGGAGGGAGUAAGCAAAGAAAAUCAGCAGCUAAAGAAACAACUAAUUUUUGAAGAUAUUAAAAAAGAAAAUAAAGCAUUUUACUGAGAAAUUGAAAAGCUGAACAAAAUGCUCGCAGAAAAUGCUGAGCUUGAAGAAUUCAUUGGCUAUGAGCUGAACGCAUUCGACACAGAAGAAUCUGAAAAAAAUAUUCAAGAUGAUAUAUGUAAUUUAAGUGAAGUCCAAGAAGAAGGACACUUGACGUCUUUUGAGCUGAACCAGCUGGAAACAACUAUUUUGCCUCAUUGCACUCAAAAUAACGAUGUAAAAAAUAAAAGAUGAUCCAGCUCCACUGGUAAUUUCAGCUCAUUUCAUGAAGAUGAGUAUAAUUUAAAGCUGCAACAAUUGUUAUAUCAAAAAGAAAGUGAAAUAGUAAAGCAUAAACAAUUUAUUAAGCAGCUGAAACACUCCCUAGAAACUAUUUUAGGGGAAUAUUCUAAGUCAAGGAAGCUAAAUGAAAAGAAUGAAAAAGAGAUCUUGGAAUUAAAAGAAAAGCUUUGUAAAGUUGGUUUUAGAUUAAAUUAA